GCCCCCCUUACACAGAUCGGUGUCAGAAGAGAUUUUGCUGGCAAUUUGUUGCCGGAAGGUACUGAAUCCUGGUUCUCACUGACAGAUGACGCUUGUAAAACCAAGAUGCUAUUCUUCUCCUAGUAUAAACAGUUUAUGCUCAGGUAAUGGCUGAACAGACAGGGUCAUCCUCUACCUCAUCCACUCCAUCAGGACCCAAGGAAGAGACGCUUCUGGAAAACUAUUUCCUUCUGCUCAGCCAAUUUGCCUUUGAUAAAGCAAAGGAACUCAGUGAGAAGGACAAAGAUGUCCACAAGCUGUCCACAGCUGCAUCAUGGGGCACCAUCAUCCAGUGCCUGUCCCAGCUGGCCGCUGCCGAGAAGAUGUACAUGUCACUCACUUUCCUCGGGCAGAAGAGAUUUAAUCCUAUUGGACGAGCAAGAGAGAACCUGCGCAACAACUACCAGUUCCUGGUUCAGGAGUUCCAGCGUAUUGACAGCUUGUCUCAGACACCAGUGACUCUUCGCUCGGACCUUGACAUUCUCCUGGCACAUCUGAGUGGUCAGCUGAGUCACUACCUUACAGCCAGACAGAGGCUCAUGGAUCUAUAUGAGCAGAUAUCUUCAGUUGCUGUCCACAGGAAUGUGAGUUUUGAUGACCUGGUUACUAUGGUUACUGACAUAAUACAGGCUCACAGUCGGGGCUUCCACCAUCCACUCCUCAGCCCUCUCAAGUCAUCCUUCAGCCUGGAGUGUGAUGUGAUGCGCCACCUGCUCGAGGCACAGAUCCUCAUGUCGGAGUGGCAGUGUCUUCCGUCGCUGCUGCAGCUACACCAAGCCCACACCAAGCUGGCUAGCUGGGCCAACAUGGCAGCCAUCAAAGAGCCUGCAUCCAAGGAUAAGCCUACACCGAGCAAGAAGGGGUUUGUCAGCACCUCCAAGGCCAGUGUACAGACAGGUGUCUAUCACUGGCUCGCCAGAUUCAAGGGUCUGCUUGUGGCCAAGUUCAGUCUGUACUUCUAUGAGGUCCUCAGUAAGCAGGCAGUCCCCGUGGAGAUGAAGAGCUGGGCCAGCAAGACAACGGACGACUUCAUAGGGAAAAUCACAAGUUUCCAAAAGAAGUGUGAUGCUUUCAAUGUGUCCCUGGUGCUAGAUAGUCACGGUUUGAAGGAUACAUACAAGGGACCUGGCUACCACCACCCCAACAAGAUUACAGAGGCUCCCGAGGGACUGAACACCUUCCCUGCUAUAUUGUCUAUACCGGGGGAACGUCCAACCUCUCAUUGGCCAAAUGUAGUGAUGAUGAUUAGUGACAAGAACACACCUGACCUCUCCAACCAGGACAAGGUCAACUGCUUCUAUGAUAAGAGAGCCCAGAGCACCUACUUCAUCAGCAGGGUGGACCCUCGGAUUUACUUGGUUGUGGUGUUUGAAACCAAAAAAUCAGAAAAAGAUUCCUAUGUGACAAAUUUCAUGAAUGACUUGAGUUUACAACUUCGUUGUAGUAAAAUUCUCAGCAGUUUAAAACCAGGAUCCAAAUAGUAGAAAAGUAGGGUCAUCAAGACAACUCUGGCUAGGUUUGAUUCUUGCUUCCUGUGAUUACACAUAUCUGGUGUCCCCCACUGUGAUACUGCUGGAAUAUUGCUAAAAGUGACAUAAAACCACACUCACUCACUCCAGUGAUGACAAACUGGAACAAGACAGAUAUUUGUGCACUCAUCUUGACAUGAUCCCGUUAUUGUAAUUAACUGUGAUGCUUGAAGAGUGUUAUCAUAAGAUAUUCCCAGGUGCACCAAGUCAGGAGACGUGAAACACUAACACAAUGAAUUUUCAGUGUAAGGGCAGACAGGAGCAAAUAUUCAGAGAAUGAUUUGUUUGGCCAGUGUACAUUAAUGUUAAAAUGUCUUUAGUGUACAUACAUUGUUGUUAAAAAUAAACUAAAUACAAGUGAU